GUUUGUUCCUGCAUUGAAGUUAGUGUCCCCUCCGAAACCGCGGCCCCCCAUGCGAGUCCACACUUCCUGGUUCACCGAGAGCUUAGCUCUGCGACUGUUUCAUCCAAGUUGGGUCACUUGCCAGGCCUUAUCUGAUGGCCUUCCAGAUCGGGCCAGGGUCGAGUUGCGUUGUGGUCUGCCCUUCUCCCCUACUUUCGACCACGGCCGCUACCAGACGCAUAGGGUACACUCGUCAAUCUUCAAAGCGAUAGAUCCUCCUGCCAGGAUCUGGAUAGUUCAUGCUCUGCCAAGAAGGCCGUCAUGGGCUCUUGUUAGUGACUCGGUUCGUUCAUACCAGCUGCCGAAUCAAGUAUGACGACCGGGUUCGUGCUACAUGAACUUUCCACUCGUAGACUGCGAGGCCGAUUAUAUCAUGUCUUGGGCGGCCGUACAUCAUGAUAUAAUGCGAAGUGUAGAAAGUGUCAUUUAACCUCCCAUUCCUAUAGCUCUAAGCGAGGCGUUCACAUGUCUGACUCAGUCUGGAGAGACCAGGACAAUGACUAGUAUUGUCAACCUAAAACUCCAUCGUGAGACCUGCUAUGAGACCUUGCGAAACAGGUUACUUGCACUUGAUCUUGCCUCUCCCGGUAUGAACAGACGCCGAUAUUAUUUUAGGGAGAGUGGUUUUUUUGAUAGUCAUUCGUAGCACGCUGAGGUGGGUUAUUGGUAACCGUAAGGUACUAGUAGU